AUGUCGGCCACGCAUUCCGCUGAGCACGACAAAGAGAAGGGCGAGAGCGAGCAUGCGCCCUCGGCUCAGGUUGGCUUCGUCUCCAACGCAGAGACCUUCGCCAACGAAGCGCGCCUAACCAGGCGCAUUCUCUUCAAGACCGACACAAGGAUCAUCCCCAUCCUCUCCCUCCUCUUCCUCUGCUCCUUUCUCGACCGCACCAAUGUCGGCAACGCCCGCAUCCUCGGCCUCGAGGACGACCUGGGCAUCACCAACCUGCAGUACAACCAAGGUCUGGCCGUCUUCUACGCGACCUACAUCGUCAGCGAGAUCCCGUCCAACUUGAUCCUCAAGGCGAUGACCCCGACCGUCUGGCUGCCCGUGCUGACCGCCCUCUGGGGCAUCAUCACCAUGUGCCUGGGCUUCGUCCGCAACUUCGCCAGCUUCUUCGCCGUCCGCGCCGUGCUCGGCCUCGCCGAGGGCGGCCUGCUCCCCGGCAUCGUCCUCUACCUCUCCGGCAUGUACACCCGCCGCGAGAUGGCCCUGCGCAUCGGCGUCUUCUACACGGCCGCCUCGCUGUCUGGCGCCUUUGGCGGACUGCUGGCUCGGGGCUUGUCCGCCAUUGGCCCGAGGGGAGGGCUGGAAGGAUGGCGCUGGAUACUCAUGAUCGAGGGCCUGAUUACGGUCGUUGCCGCGGCCAUGGCGUACCUACUUCUCCCGACGAGCAUCGCCACGGCGUCCUAUCUCAAUGAGGAGGAAAAGUCCUUCGCGCUGCGUCGUCUGCAGGGGCUUACCCCUUCGGCUCGCGAUGACAGGUUUGACCCGGUCCGGGAGCGCGAGGAAGAGUUCAAGUGGUCCGAGGUGCGCCGCGGUAUCUUCAACAUACAGGUCUGGCUCUCGGCAACUGCCUACUUCGCCAUCCUCUCCGGCCUGUACAGUUUCGGCUUGUUUCUCCCAACCAUCGUUGAAGACCUUAAUAUCACUGAGGGACCCAAUGAGACCCAGCUCUGGACCGUUAUACCCUACGCGGUGGCGACCCCGAUCACGGUCUUUGUCGCCAUGCUAUCCGACCGCCUCAACCGGCGGGGCACGCUCAUGCUGACGACGCUGCCCAUCUCCAUCGUCGGCUACGCGGUCAUCGCAAACGUGAUUUCGGCCAGGGUUCGCUUCGCCAUGACCUGCCUCAUGGCCAUCGGCAUGUACGCCAGCGUGCCCUGCGUGCUGGUCUGGAACUCGAACAACUCGGCCGGCCACUACAAGCGCGCCACCACCUCGGCUCUGCAGUUGGCCGUUGCCAACUGCGGCGGCUUCGUCGCCACUUUUAUUUACCCCAGCAAGGAUAAGCCACUCUAUCAUAAGGGCCACACUAUCGUCCUGGGACUGCUGGUUUAUGCCUGGUUUGCCAUCUUGGCCAACGUCCUGUGGUGCGCCAAAAUCAAUAAAGACAAGAGGGAUGGCAAGUACGCGCAGUACGAAGGCAGCGGAGACGAUCGGGAUCCAAAGUUCAAAAUGGUUCUGUAA